GGCAGUAUAAAUAUGUAUUUUGUUUAACUAUGAAUCAACAAAACUCUAUUGGACCCCAGAAUAAAAACACACGACUUAAAAUUAACACAAAAUGCCGCUUUUACACAGUCUUGACAGUGUUUUGAACGCAGUGGGCGUUGUGUUUUUUGAACGCACCCUCGUUUCAUUUUUAAGCGACACAGCCGGGCUUUCUGGUGACGUUUAGGUGGGGAAGUCCAGUGUCGCGGUGCUGCGUUGACCUGAAAACAAGACACACUCCAGUUACACCUUUCUACUGCACACGGCUCAUGACACUUCCAUAGAAACCACAGGCUGCGUUAACAACAAUGGAGAGACCUCCCUUCAGGCAGAACCAGAACUUCGGAGACUGGGAACUGAAAGAGAGGCUGGGGAUGGGAGGCUUUGCCCAUGUUUACCUCUACCAGCAUAUGCAAACACAUGAAAAACUGGCUAUAAAAAUGUGUCGCCUGGAGCUUACACCAAGGAAUAAGGACAGAUGGAGCAGAGAGAUCCAGAUCAUGAAAAAGUUAAAUCAUAUCAAUAUCGUGACAGCCCAGGAGGUCCCAGAGGAAGUGGAGCCCAUAGCCUUAAAUGAUCUUCCACUGCUGGCCAUGGAGUACUGCUCCAGAGGAGACCUGAGGAAGGUGCUGAGCAAACCUGAAAACUGCUGCGGUCUGAAAGAAAGUGAAGUGCUUUCAUUACUUAAUGAUGUUGGAUCCGGUAUCCAGUAUCUCCAUGAAAACAAGAUCAUACACAGAGAUCUUAAACCGGAAAACAUUGUGCUACAAGACAUCAAUGGGAAGUUGGUUCACAAGAUUAUCGACUUGGGCUAUGCUAAAGACCUGGACCAGGGGAGUCUGUGCACUUCAUUCGUUGGCACACUUCAGUACCUGGCUCCUGAGCUCUUUGAGAAUAAACCGUACACUGUGACUGUGGACUAUUGGAGCUUCGGAACAAUGAUCUUCGAGUGCAGUUGCGGUUUCCGUCCAUUCCUACACAACCUGCAACCUGUGCAGUGGGCCAGCAAAGUGAGGAAUAAAGGUCCAAAAGACAUCAUGGCAGUAGAAGAACUAAACGGAGAAGUGAGGUUCUCCACACAUCUCCCCUACCCCAACAAUCUCAGCAGGACGCUGUUGGAGCCGAUGGAGGCGCUGCUUCAGCUGAUGUUAAAGUGGGAUCCAGUGCACAGAGGAGGCCAAGUGAACCAUGAAACCAAGAAACCCCUGUGCUUUGAACUCCUUGAUCAGAUACUGAGUAUGAAGGUCGUCCACAUCCUGAACAUGACCACAGCGCAGGUCCACUCCUUCCAGCUGACUCCAGACGAGAGUCUCCACAGUCUGCAGAAGCGCAUCGAAGCUGAGACCAAGAUCGAGGUGGUGAACCAGGAACUGCUGCAGGAGACGGGAGUGUCGCUGGACCCCAGGAAGCCCGCUGCACAGUGUGUCCUGGAUGGAGUGAGAGGGUGGGACAGCUACAUUGUCUAUCUGUUUGAUAAGAGCAUCACCAAGUACACUGGCCCCUUCAGUGCCAGACGUCUGCCUGAGAAAGUCAACACCAUUGUGCAAGAUGCCAAGACGCAGCUGCCUUUGGUGGUGAUGAAGAAGGUGUGGGGUGAAGCUGUGAGCUACAUCUGUGGCCUGAAAGACGACUACAGCAGACUUUUCCAGGGGCAGAGAGCUGCCAUGUUGAGCCUCCUCCGCUACAACACCAACCUGACCAGGUGUAAAAACAGCAUGUUCGGCUUCUCGCAGCAGCUCAAAGCUAAGCUGGAUUUCUUCAAGAGUAGCAUCCAAUAUGACUUGGAAAAAUACAGCGAUCAGAUGCACUAUGGCAUAUCCUCAGAAAAGAUGCUGAAAGCCUGGCAGGAGAACGAAGAAAGAGCUGCAGCUUUUGCUCAGGUGGCAGAGGUGAGCCAUUUGGAUGAUGAGAUCAUGGCUCUGCACUCUGAGAUAGUAGAACUACAGAGGAGCCCAUAUGCCCGACGCCAAGGAGACAAGAUGGAGCAGCUGGAAGAAAAGGCAAUCGAGCUGUACAAGCAACUGAAGAUGAAAUGCAAAGUACCUGACUCUGAUGUGAGCUGCGACAGUUCUGAGAUGGUGAAGGCCAUCAUCCAGACAGUCCAGAACCAAGACAAGGUCCUCAAAGAUCUGUUCACACACCUCAGUAAAAUCCUGAUCAGCAAACAGAAGAUCAUUGACUUGUUUCCCCGGAUUGACAAAACUCUGGAGAGCAUCAAGGACGCUGACAACACCGUGAUGCAGAUGCAGAUCAAGAGACAGAGGGAGUUCUGGCACUUACUUAAGAUCGCCUGCGCUCAGAACUCGUCACGGAGCUCGAUAGCAGCCAGUCCCGAGUCGUCCAACCUGCUGCAGGUUUCUCAGUGGUCCCAGUCGGCACAGCCCGUCAGUUCCCCGCACCCCCUCACCUCCCUACCAGGGCCAAAUGACAGUGAUGCUGCCCCACGACUCCUGCAGGAGAACCAGAAGUACCUCAGUCAGCUGACCAGCCUGAUGCAGGAAGCUGCUGACGAACAGGCCAAGAGCAUAGUGGACCAAGACUGGAGCUGGACGAAAUACGAAACUUUAACAACAAAACUAAAAAAGCGAAAUUCGUAAAGUCCGCCCUCCACCCCCCGCCUGAGUAACACUAAGGACUGUGAGCUGAUAACGCGGCUGAGCGGCGUCUAACAGUACAGUAGUACAGUUGUACAUGGACUCGGGAUUUUCUCGUGAAAAUGACUUUCCUGCUCAUCUUUAAAGAAAAAAAGAGAAAAAAAAGCUGAGUUCACACAUGCUCAGCGGCGUCCGUCUCCUCCCAUCGUCUCACAUGGUGGAAAGUUUGAUUAUUGAGCUUGUUUUUUAUGACAAAACAAUGAAGCUGUCUCUCUCUCUCUCUCUCUUCUUUUCUUUAUGCUGCACAAUAUUCAUCACACUUUGGUUUUUACUAUCACUGCAAAAAUGGAGCAAACUAUAGCACCACAUUUGAGGGCUUGAGGUGGAUCAGUCAGGUGGGAGAGCGUUCGACAGGAACGUGGGAACUCGUUUGACCCCGUGGCAUAAAAGAGAAACGCAGGAAGGUGUCGGGGGGCGCUGGAAGGCGGGUUUGGGGAGGAAAUAAGAAUCAAGCAAAGAGCACUUUGAUACUCCCAUGUGUCCCUCUCUGUGAAGAGGUGAAACGUUCCCAGCUGCCAAAAAUGUCGCAGAAUUUAAAGCGAGCAGAAACUGUCAGCGUCGGUUUGAUUGAUUUACUAGAAACGUUUGAGGGCGCGUGUUGAAUUCUCUGUAUGUACGUUUUUAAAAUACAAGUGUUACAGGCAGAAAUCCCAUGGCUGGCCAUUAUGUUCAUAUGAUGUGUAUAUUGUAUGUGUGUCUUUUUAACCGUCAUGGAUGUAAGGCGGGGUUUUCUCGUCUCGUUCGGGUGCAAAUAAUGUACGCUAAAUUCAUAGUCGUGCAGAGCUGAAACGAUCAGUCCGUAGUUUCCAUAGAAAUCUGAGUAAUUCUGUAAUCAAUUCUGCCUCAAGACGAGCAGGUGGUGGGGCUCGUGUUCAGACUGUGCCGUAAAACCACUGCAGAAGAAGAGGACGGGGUUAAGAGACCAGAGGGCUGCAGGGCGGAGGCAGAUUUAAUGGGACGGUGAAGGAUGGCGAGGCUGGCUCUGUGCUGCACACAUGAGCUGCUCCAGAGGAAGUUCUUUUCAGAUUAAAAUGUAAAUCUGAAAGUGCACGUUUCCAAACAGCAAUUUAUAUCCUCACCUGAGGGACGAGGUUACCUGCUGAGCUGCAUGUGAGUAAAGUUCGCACGGGAACCUUUGUGCUUUUAGUCACCGUUGCAGAAAAUAAAUUGCAUAUUCAUGGUGAUUAAAAAUAAAUAACACGAUUCACAUUUGGCCGUCCUCCCACUUUAAGAUGAUCUGGACCGUCUUCAGCACAGCGGCCGUGUUUGCAUCUCUGAGUGAAAUUACCGUUAUUCCACCAAAUCAGUGAACACGUUUAAUUUUCUGCAAACGCCUCAUGAUGCCCGUCUGUCUGAGAGUUUAGGUUUUCUCGUGUCCUAACACAAAGAAAGUGUGUGUUGAUCUUGAUCUUUGUUGUUGGUGUAUUUUUGACAGAUUAAAGGCAAAUUAUUUAUUCAAAAGAAAAUAAAUCAAGUUAAGUUAAAUGUGGAAUGUUUCUGAUCUCUCUAAGAUGAUCAUUUCUUUUUUUUUUAAUCAAAUACGGCCAAAAAGAAAACCAUCUCAAAUGUCAGUGCCGUUUUUGAACAGUUUUAUAUUCAGACUUUCCGUUAAGAGAGAUUUUAAGGAUUCUCAACUUUUUCUGAAAUCAGAGGGAAAUGAUAGUCAGUGAUAACAAAUGUGUCAUCCACCGGAGUCUAUCAUUCAAAAAAUGAGAAAAUGUAAAACAAAUGAGUAAUCUUACCCUCUUAUCCAGCUCAGGCUUGCAGGGGGUGAGUGUGGAAAUCAUUUCCUCUGUUUUUAAAUAAUUGCAUGUGUAAAGCUCAAGCCUUCACUGAGUCACACCGCACACCUCAACACGUUAAUCAGGUAAAGAAAACAGGAUGCAGGUUUAAUUUUAUUUCAUUAGCCGUCGGCUCAGUGGGAUAGUCUGAUGUUCUGCGUCCCACCAAUCGGACCCACUCCACAGUUUGAGAACCAAAAGGUAAAACUGGUGUAAACAGACCCAGAGCUGCUCUUACUUUCGUUCGUUCCUGUAGGAGGUCACGACUGAAGUUACUGACAGUGAGAAAGUUACAUUUGGAGCCUUUCAAUGAUAACAAAUAAUGCCAUCUGCCGGAGUCUGUCAUUCAAGAAAUGAGGAAAUAAAAACAAAUCGGAUGCAUUUAGUUUGUUUGGCUUGUCUGCAAGUCUCCAGCUCGAUUUUUCCUCUCAUUAACGAUCAAUCUGUCAAAAAUUAGGGGUUUUUGUCCUUAUUGUUUUAAAAGUCCAGAAUUGAUUCAUCCAUGAGUGGGAGUAAAGCAGUGAUUAUUAUAAUGUUACACGGUAACAUGGUGCUGAAGAAACGCUUCCUGUUUCUCCGGUUUCUCAGAUCUGAGUAACAGGAAGCCGAGAAGGUCUCGGGCUAAUUUGCUUGAAAAACAAAUAAAGACUAGCCGGCUAGUCGUUUCAGCUCUCACCACAAACACGAGUCGUUUCUCUCUGACAUCCCAUAAUAACAGGAAUGCAACAACGUUGGUGCAACACGGUCUGGUUUCCUCUAAUCUGAGCGAUCGAACCCGGGGAGCGAUGGGUUGCAUGUGCUGUACGGUCGUGUUUCUUUGGGCCAGAGAGAGAAAUGAACUUUCUUGUAUUUAUGAAGUUAAAGUGCAAUGGCUAAAAUAAUAUUUUUCUUCUUUUUGUUUUGUAUUUAAAUAACUCCGUUUGUUUUCUUUCCAUUUGAGUUUUGUUUCCGUCUGCUGGUUUAAGUAUGUUCACUUUUUAGAAAUGUAAUUGUAUGAAGAUCAAAUGUUUACCUGGAAAUAAAAUAAAUCACUUUGGCACGA